CAUUGUUUCUUUUCUUCAAUUAAGGUCGCAGUAAGUACUUGUACACGAAACACGGAACGUAGAAAAUUUGGGUUUUAAAGACAGUAUUGAAAUGACAAAUAACGAAAAGUUCAGCGAGGAUGAUCGCACUUUUCCGGAUUGGUUGAACAAGGCGUUUUUCGAAAACAUUUUGAAAAAGAUCGAAACUGAAGACACAAAGCUCACACAUUUAGAGAUGACACCGGGAACUUUGAAAAACGAUCACUACGCAAGCAUUUUGUUUCGAGCCAAGGUCAACUACACAUUACAAACAAAGCCAAACCAAGAAAAGGUCUCAUCGUUCAUUUUAAAAAUCGAACCUUUCAUAGAAGGGCGUAAGAAAGAAAUGAUAGGCAAUUUGAAUUUAUUCCAAACGGAAAUACUUAUGUAUACUAAAGUGCUGCCGAUGAUCGAGAAGCUGCUUUUGCAAUAUGGCGACAAAAUCACUUUGGGACCACAGCUCAUAGCCUUCAGCCCCACCACACCGUCAUAUGUGGUUUUUGAAGAUUUAGCACUCAAAGGUUACACCACAAUUGGGUCCCGCCAUCCUGAUUUGGAUGAAGUGAAGACUACUUUGCUUAAACUGGCAAAAUUGCAUGCGGUCAGUUACAAAUUGUGCAAAGAGGAGGGAGACAAUCUCGUAACCUCACUAGACAAGGGUUCAAUGAACUCUACUGACCCUAACACAUUUCCAUUCAUUAAGAAUGGAAUUAAAUUGCUCAAAGAAGUUCUAAGCGUACAUGAUGACUUGAAACAAUUUGUGCCACAUAUUGAAAGAGUCGAAUAUUUACUGUUGGCAAAAACCCUCGACAUGUUUAACGAAGCCAGCAGUGGUAAACGAAAUGGAAUUUUCGUGCUCAAUCAUGGUGACUUUCAUUUGAAAAACAUAAUGAUCCAAAAGAGUGAUGGCAGGCUGACUGAUGUUAUGUUGCUUGAUUAUCAGAUCAGCAUAUUUGGGUCGCCUGCGAUUGAUCUUCACUAUGCGUUCGCAAUGAUGUUUAGCCCCGAAAUACGACGUAACCAUUAUGAUGAGCUCCUCUAUUUCUAUAUCACGAAUUUUCAGGACACGCUGCGCAAAACGGAAUAUAAAGGCCACAUACCGGGAAACUUUGAAAUUCGUCAGGAAUUGACAAAGCAUAGAUUUUGGGGGCUUUUUAUAUUCCUUUGCUUCCUAAUAUUCAACUAUACAUUUAUCGAUGAAGAUGGAAACCUUGCAGAGGUGAUCGAAAACCCAGAGGCACAAAAAAAAGAAUUGGAAAACCCGAAAUUCCUGGAUGAGCUACGAGAACUAUUGCCCAAAUUUCUACAUAAUGGUUAUUUUGAAAUAUAAUAACUGUUAAAAUAUCAACUAAAUUAAAACGAAUAUUAAAGUGCAUGGGGAUAUUUGUAAUCAUA